AUCGAGUCGUUUCACCCCCGCACUCGUCAACGAACAUCCAACUACGGCGGCAAUCGAGCAUGAAAGAGGGAUGCUUGCGGUGCUGCUCAGGGCUAUCUGCGGUGGGGAUGAUCUACCUUUCCCUCAUGUCCAUCAUACUGAGCAAACAGCCACAGUACAUUCGUGGGUUGCAUCAUCACGACAACCAUGACUUGCACUCGAGCUGCGCUGUUGCGGCCGUGCUCUACGCCGUGUGCUUUGGAGGGUGCAUGUAUGCGCUGCGAGUGCACAACGAGUCCAAGCACUUGCGCUACGGCGUCAAGGUCGUGUCCUCGAGCGACGAGUGCGAUCCGUUGAAGAAGGACGAAGACGAAGGCGCGGACUUGAAAGUACGCGGAGCGGUAAGCGCUGGAGUCAUCUCCGCCAUCAAGACCCAACUCAUGCACGCCAAGGUUAUGCACAGCGAUGAAAUGCACAGUUUAAUCCAGAGCGACGGCAGCUCCAGCCCACGCAAGCCCAAACCACGAAAGGGCGACUAACGCGCUCAUUUUUAACCACCCUUUUCUCAUAAAUUCCACACCAG